AUGGAGGAAGAUGGAUGGGAAGCAGUUGCAGAAGGGCUAAGUUCUGAUAUUGUUUGUGGCACAGAGCACUGCAUGAACAUAUUAGAGAUGAGCUACAGAUAUCUACCUGAUUAUACCAUCUGGAAUGUGACGAAAUUGAGGCAUCUCCACAUAAGUGGUGGCUUUUUACACCUUACUUUGGCCGGAGAGAAUCUUGAAAACUCCCAUGAUCUGAAGAAUAUAGACACCUUUUUCACUCCAAUUCUGUGGACAGGUCCAGACAUUGUCAGGUGGACAGGUCCAGACGAUCAGUUUCCCUUUCUUCAGAAAUUAGUAGUGCAGAACUGUAUGCAGCUGAUUCAGGUGCCUGAUUGUUUAAGGCAUAUUUCAACUCUCAAAGCCAUAUGUUCCAAGUUUGAAGUUUAUUCAAAUUCUUCUGAGAUGGGUUCCGCUUGUAUCGAUGCAAUCUUUCAUAAUCUCGAGUUGCUGGAUAAAUAUUUAGUGAAAAAGAGGGAUGAGUUGGGGAUGCUGAAGUUGGAGUUAAGAAUUCUGAGAACACUCUUUCUCUGUUCGAGAAAAUGUGGAAAAGAUGUCUGUUUGGAAUCUGAUGAUAAUAAGCAUGUAAGUCUGAGAUCUUCCUUCGCUAGACUUCAAGAUGCUCUUCAGAAAUUCCUGCAAAGAUCAGUGGAAGAGUUCUCAUCGAGUGAAUUGGAGAAAGUAGUCUCUGAAUUCCGAAAAAUCAUCGGUUCAUUCAAGGAAGAAAUCAAAGAAUUGUAUUCCACUCUGGUGGAUUGCCCGGUGCGUUCCAGUUCUCCUGCAAGAGGUGAACUUAUGGAGACCAUUGACUCACUGCUUAAAAAUCUGGAGGAUCUCAAAUGGAGCAAGCCUUAUGAUCAAGCUUUUUAUAUGGUAAGAGCUUAUGAUAAAGUCUUUCCAGAAUUUAUUGAAGCCCUUGAAGAGAGGCUGAUGUUCUUUAGAAAUUUUAUCCUCUAUGUCACAUGGCGAGGUGUUAGGCAUGGGCAAUUGGAAAAUCUCUCGACUCAAUUUGAAGUACUUGCUUUGAGAGCAGCAUUGGCUACUUGCAUGUAUUGGUUUGAUAGAAAUGAUAAAAUGUUCUUGAUAUUUGUAGAACUACAGGAGAUCAGAGCUGAUGAUCCCCAAGUCCAAGCUGAUAGUCAGUUGAUUCCUGAAUUGCUACAGAAGAUUAAGGCUGAUGAUCUUGGAGUUCUUGAGAUUUAUGUCCAACUCCUAAUAGCUUCAACUUCAUCAGAAUCAUCUAACACUCAGCCUUCAGAGAAGGAUCUGGAUAUAUUGGGGCAGUUUGUUGAUUCUCUCCUGGUACUCUAUGAGCAUUUGAGAUUCUUGAAAACCAUUCUCAUGAAGCAGCAGGAGAAGCUCAAUGACCUAGAUGAAAACCUAAAGGAUCUUGUUCCGGUUGUGGUUAGUGAUGCAGGAAUUCUAAAUAAGCACCCUGCAACAUCAAUACUGAACUCUCCAAGAAUCAACAAGGUUGGUUUCACAGAUAAUAGUAAUUAUGGUUUUGUAGCUGUAAAAGAUGCCAAGGUGUUAAGUCAUGAGCCGCCACAAGGUAGUAUCCAAACAAUUGACGAAGUUAUAGUUGGCUUGCACGAUGAGACAGAAACAAUAGUCAAUCAACUUACUCGAGGAUCGAUGAAGCUGGACAUGGUCUCGAUCUUGGGAAUGCCUGGGCUUGGUAAGACAACUUUAGCCAAAAAAAUCUAUAAUGAUCCUAGAAUUAGACAUCACUUUCAUGUUCAAGCAUGGUGUCAUGUUUCUCAAGCAUAUUGCAUGAAAAACUUGUUGCUUGAGAUUCUGGGUUGUAUUGUACAGACGGCUCAAUAUUCUGGGAAGGAUGAAGAUGAUUUGGCCCUGGAGCUGUUCCAAUCUUUGAAGAAGAAUAGAUAUCUCAUAGUUUUGGAUGACAUUUGGGACAUUGAGGCAUGGAAUGGCUUGCAUAUAUCAUUCCCAGAUGAUAAAAAUGGAAGUAGAAUUCUGUUAACAAGUCAACUUCAUAAGGUGGCUGAAGAAGUUAAAACUGAUAGUAAACUACACCCUCUUCGCCAGCUCACUUACGAUGAGAGUUGGGAAUUAUUACAAAAGAAGAUAUGUUGCAAUGCAGAGUUUCCUCCAGAGCUUGUCAUUCUUGGACAGAAAAUAGCAAAAAAUUGCAAUGGAUUACCUCUCAUAAUUGUCAUCAUUGCUGGAAUUCUUGUAACAACAAACCAAGAUGGUUGGGAAGAAGUUGCAACAAGGUUAGGUUCAAACACUGUUUGUGGAACAAAAGAGUGCAUGGAUGCCUUGGAGCUAAGUUACAAAAACUUACCUGAUUACUUGAAGCCAUGCUUUCUCUACUUUGCAGCAUUUCCAAAGGUCCAAGAAGUUCCUGUUUGGAAGUUGACAAGCUUAUGGAUCGCUGAAAAUUUUGUGCAAAAAAGUGGGUCAAGGAGCUUAGAGGAGGUGGCAGAGGCAUACAUGAUGGAUCUGAUUAAUAGAAGCUUGGUCAUGGUUGCGGAAAAGAGAUCCUUUACUGGGGUUCAAAACUGUAGCAUUCAUGAUUUGUUAGUUGAAUUUUGUGUGGCGAAAGCCAAAGAAGAAAAGUUUCUUUGCGUAUUACAUGGGUCUGAAGAGCUUUUCACCUUUAAUGAGCCAGGCAGCUGUCACCGGUUGUGCAUUCAUACCAAGAUGUGCAAUAUUUCAUUCAUUUUCCGCAUCUGCAAGCUUCUUAAAGUGCUGGAUCUUGAGCAAUUUGAUAUAGGGAAUACUUUUCCAACUGAGAUAGAGUUGCUUGCCACCAUCUGGAAAUUGGAGAAACUGAGGCAUCUAUUUGGAAUUGGUGAUUGUGUGGACAUUAGCUUGUCGGAAGACAGGCUUGACAGCUAUCCCGGUCUAUUUAAUCUAGUUACCUUUUCCACUUUAACUCUUUCUGCUGGUCCAUCUUUGGAAAAGAUACAGAAAAAGUUUCCAAGCAUUCGCAAACUUAAAUGCAGAAUCUCUGCAUCAGUGGAAUCCACAGAUGGGUGCAGCAAGACUGUGCAAAUGGACAUCCUGAGUCAACUAGAAUCUCUUAAGUUGUUUCUGGGACACUAUCAAAUUAAGUUUCAGUUCCCUGAGAAUCUAAAGAAGUUGAGUCUAGAGUACUUUCCUUGGAGUAUAAUUUCCAUGAUUGGUAAACUUCCAAAUCUUGAGGUUCUCAAGUUGCACACCCCACUCUUCGAGGCAGUAACAUGGGACAUGGAAGAAGGUGAAUUUCCUAAGCUCAGAAUCUUGAAAUUGAUAAAUUCCAAAAUAGUUAAGUGGACAGGUUCUGAUGAUCAUUUUCCCAAUCUUCAGAAAUUAGUACUGCAGCAAUGUUGGAAAUUGGAAGAGAUCCCUUUGUGUUUAAGUUGUACUAAAAAUCUCGAGACAAUUGAAGUGCUCUGGUGCUCGCCAUCCACUGGAAGGUUGGUACGAGAGGUUAAGGAAGAGCAGAACGAUGGGGGAAAUAUGGAUCUGAAGAUCCUUAUCCUUGAAGGGGCAUAG